AUGAUGGAGAAGACUGGAACCACGGAAACGUUCAUCAGCGAUAUCAAUGACACUGAUGGGUCAGAGACUUUGACUGUGCCGAAGGAAGUGUCCAACUGGAAGAUUUACCUCUACUGUAUGGGCGUUUGCCUCGGAGCCGUGGCUCUAGGCACAUUGAUUCUCCCCUCGUUCGAGCGUGACUUCGGUCUCAUUGGCAAAACUCAACGUCAGCUGGACGACCUGACAUCCAACAUUGUUUCUUGUUUUCAGGGUGGGUUUCUUGGUGCGCUGGCUUCGUACCCCAUAUCAGACCGUUGGGGUCGCAAAUGGUGCAUCACUAUUGCCACGAUUAUAUUUCUUGCCGGCGCUUCAGUUCAGACAGGCUCUCGCGGCAUUGUAGCCCUCGUCAUGGCCGGAAGAUGUAUCGCGGGUCUAGGUGUAGGGGCUUCGGCUCCGGUCAUCCCAGUAUACAUCGCCGAAGUUGCGCCCCCAACCAUCCGUGGAAAACUCGUAGGUUUCUAUGAGAUUGGGUCCCAGGGCGCGCAAAUGCUCGGGUUCUGGGUCAAUUAUGCCGUCAAUAAGACUAUCAGUCCCAACACAAGCACCCAGUGGAUGGUUCCUCUUGGACUCCAAAUAUUGCCCGGUGCAAUCCUUCUGGUGGUCCUUCCUUUCUGUCCCGAGUCGCCUCGUUGGCUUUGCGGAAAAGAUAUGUGGGACCAAGCUGAGCGAAUUCUUGCUGACAUACGGCAACUCCCGAUUGACCAUCCGUAUGUGGCUCAUGAAAUGCGUGAAAUUCGACUUGCAGUCGAAUUCGAAGCACAUCUAGCUGCAAAGCACCCUGGACUCAAGGGAAAGCUCAAGGACCUCACAAAGAAGGGAAUUCGCAACCGCCUAGCCAUUGGCCUUUGCUUGAUGAUGUGUCAGAACAUGACAGGAGUCAACAUCAUCACUUACUAUUCGCCUCGCAUUUUCCAAACUCUUGGAAUGCAAUCAACGGAUCUGAAGCUCUUCGCCACUGGAUUCUAUGGCGUUGCAAAAACGCUUGGAAUGGUAAUCUUCUCAUUCUGGGUUGCCGAUCACUUUGGCCGACGUAAGGUGCUUAUCUGGGGUGCCUUUGUGGGUGCGGUGCCUAUGCUAUACCUGGGAGGUUAUGCCAUGAAGAACGACCCUGAAGCAGCCGUAGCAGCAGGUAGAACGACCAUGUCUGGAUGGGUUUAUCUAGCAAUGGUUUGCGUCUACCUUUAUGGUGUAAUCUGCUGUGCAUCUUGGCAGGGGAUCACAUGGCUUUAUGCAUCAGAGAUCUAUCCUCUUUAUCUCCGGUCCCUAUGCAUGGCCCUCACUAUCGCCGAUGAGAGACUUUGGUCUUAUGUUGUGUCUCGCUCGACACCGUACAUUAUCUCUGAUAUCGGUUACGGGACAUACUUCUUUUUUGGGGCCCUAAUGGUGUGCAUGGGUUUUUGGGCUUGGUGGUGUAUCCGCGAGACUAAGGGGGUGCCUAUUGAAGAGAUGGACGCCCUGUUCGGUGCCCCUCAUGCGAACAUGGAAGGUGCAGACCCUAAGUCCGCCUGA